AUGGAAUCUGAACGCGACAGCACCCCGCCUAUCUGGCGUAAGCCCAUAAACACAGUGGAUGCUGUUGCUCGGCCCACCACCGUUGAGUCUAGGUCUGUUGAACCUGCAAGUGAGCCGCUUCUAUUGGAUCAAGAAACCGACCUAGACACUACUACAAAAGCUUUUGAUCAAAAGCAAUCCGCCAGCGCUGUUGGUGUAGUACCUAUCAACGACCAAAUUCACAGGUUGACUUUGAAUCAGGAAGAUUCUGCCAUUGGGGGAUACAGGACAGAGAAAGUCAUGCCGUGCGCGGAAGCCACUGUUAUAACUUGCAUAUCCACCAUAUGCAGAUCCGCACUACUUAUUCCUGUGACUGAAGGUCUAGCACAAGCCAAAUGGGUUUGGUUCAAGCAGCCACGGCCACUCAAGGACUUUGAAGCAUUUGACAAGGCAUCAAGAGGCUUAGGGGGCAGCUUAAGCUUGCUCUCACACACCAAGGGAUGGUUCGUUGGUAUCAUUGCUGCAUUUCUGUUGAGUACCACGACUGCCACAUCAACAAUCACACAAUUUGCGAUCACAUACCCGUCUCGAUUCAACCAAGAUGGAAGCAAGGGAAGUGCAGAGGCAUGGAGGCUAGGGGAGAGCUGGGGGAAAGACGAGCCGGAUUACGCUAUUAUGAACGAGCUAGCAAUUUCAAGAGGUGUCAGACGAGGAAUGAAUAAUCUGGUGACCGAAACAAUUCCCUUCAAAGAACCGAAGUGUGCCUCAGCCAACUGUAGAUGGCCAGAAUUCCACACGCUUGCUAUAGGAUAUGAGGCUACGAAUGUCACACACCUGGUCGAGGCGGAUGUCAAUUUCCACGAUGGCAAUCCUAAUAUCACUCUGCCGAAUGGUGUUCAUACGGAACCGGGCAAAGGUCGUGCCAGAUUCACUGGCGCCCCAACAUUUUUCCUUGGUAGCGGGCCAACUCUAGUACAUCAGCAUCUGCAAAAUGUAUCAAUUCUCGAUUAUUUUGCCAUUUAUUGGGAUGCAUCUAAUCUCGUCCCUUGGGCAGUCGAAGUAUCCUACUAUUGGUGCAUUGACACUUACCAUCCUGAACUAGUCGACAACGUCCUUCGGAUGAACAAGUCAACAUCUCAGAUCCCAAAGCUACACACAUUGCAAGGGGAUGACUAUCGUGGAUACGUGUCUUUGGAAACACCAGGCAAAGGCGACGUCAUAUGGACCAUUGGCAGGCUAUCUACAAGAACGAUAGCAACUCAGUUAAACGAUUCGCUAAGCGGCUACACUGUCAUUCUAGCGGGAGAGCCGAUGCGUGGUACAUCAGGCAGUGAUAUCUUAGCACUAGCCACCCAAGAGGUUUUACAAAACCUUACAAAGGGCAAUGCCACGCUUGUAACCCAGGAGGCAGAGAGAGCUUGGUGGACCGCCGUGGAGGGCAUGGCGGCGAACGUCGCUAACAGUCUCACAAACACGUAA